AUGGCCAUUGACCUAGAAUUGCAUGAGGCCUUUGAUGAAUUGAUCCAGCGGCUUGCCCUUCAAAAUGAAGAUAUGGCCUAUGCCUUGCCACAUCAGAUGUUCGAAGAGGAGAGGGCUCUUAUGUGGAACGCUCGGACUUGGUUCGGGCUUUUGGUUCUCGAGCAUAUAUUUCGCGUUGAUGGAGGGAAGCCACCUGGCAUCCGGCUAAAAGGAAACGCACGCCGUUGUCGGGUUUUACUUGGCCAUUCAUCGUCGACAAUUUUGGAUUUACGAUUGUUUUCACAGGUCGAGUUAAACAUCCUCAGAGCCAAUGUCGGCGAUGCUCUAGGAGGAAACACAUCGCUUGAUGGGCAAAGCAUCGCAGAUUAUGUUCAUGACAUGAAAAUCGAGCUUGACUUGUGGUUCGAUGACUGGCUACGUAUCAUCGACGGUUGCGCUGCCGCCGCCGAAGAGAAGCCAUCUCUACUAGUCGCCCUUCGAGUACAGAAAUGCUGGGCAGAAAUGAUGCUUAACUGUAAAGCACUACGAUCCAUGGGCGUUCAAAACGUGGCUGCCAUGUCCACAACGGAAAGAAUGAUACUACUCACAGCCAAAGCAAGUGCCCGCCGACAUCUCCGCCUCAUAAUUGUCGAUCCAGACUUCUACCUCGCCAAGUUGAAAUAUGCAAUGGAUUUUGUCUGGGCGAAGUGCGCAUUCUCUUUCUUACUGCUUCUCAAAUUAUCCCGUCUCAUUCCUGAGCGUGAUGGGGAGAAUCAAGAGCUGUUGGAACAAGGUAAUCGACUUGUUGAUGAGUUGAGUAAAGCUGGUGCUAGUGGAACUCAGUCAGGAGCCGGCAACAUUUAUCUCCAGAUAUUGAAGGUCAGUAUUGAGAAGUAUGGACGUGCAUUGAUGGAAACACAGCAACCCAGCUCGGAGGGCCCUACAGCUACCUCACCCUUCUGGGAGCUGUUUGAUGCUCAAGCAGAUCUCCAGUGGUUUGUCCCCGAGCAGUUCGUCUCCGAGUGGGACUUUCCAGGGCUCAAUUUGUUCUAUUUUCCUACCGCUUGGCAGGAUUUCUUUGGAGACUUUUCGUUGGCUAUGUAA